AUGACGCACUUACAACAAACCAGGGCAAAUGAGGAUUGGACUAUUUUCGUCGAUGGAUCCUCAAAUGUUAAAAGAAGUGGCGCAGGAGUCAUUGUGGAAAGUCCUCAAGGCAUAACUUUGGAACAUUCUAUCCACUUUGGGUUCAAAGCUUCAAACAACCAAGCUGAAUAUGAAGCAGUCCUCGCUGGACUCGCAAUGGCAAAAGACUUGGGGGCAGCAAGAAUAAUUCUUAAAAGUGAUUCACAACUAGUAGUUGCGCAGGUCCAAGGGAAUUACCAGGCAAAAGAGGCUUUUACGGUAAAAUAUCUCGAAAAGGUAAGGUUACUUUUAGCAAAUUUUGAAAGGUUCACAAUGGAUCACAUCCCUAGAGAACAAAAUUCGCAAGCAGAUAUUUUAUAUAAAUUAGCCAGCACAAAGGGACCAGGAAACAAUAGAUUAGUCAUCCAGCAAAGCGUUCCCAAUCCUAGCAUCAUAAUGGCCAUCACCAAACGCAAACCUCGUCCAUCUCAGAGUGCGCAAUCCUUGAUCGACGAUGAUACGAUGCCACCAGAUGAUGAAGACACUUGGAUGACACCAAUCUGGAACUACUUGACUAAAGGUGUGGUACCACCAGAACCGCGCGCGGCCAAGAAACUAGCGUGCAAGGCUUCAUUCUAUACUGUCAUCAAUAACCAUCUGUAUAAAAAAGGAUUUUCUUCCCCAUUGCUUAAAUGCCUAGAUCCCCAACAAGCUCGAUAUGUGAUCUCUGAAGUUCAUGAAGGGAUUGGCGAACAUCACAUGGGAGGCAAAUCGUUAUCUCGAAAGCUGCUUCGAGCAGGAUAUUUUUGGCCUAGUAUGGAAGAGGAUUCUAAGCAACACGUUCUGCAUUGUGUCAAAUGUCAAGAACACGCAGAUUUGUACCAUGCUUCCCCAGAGGAGUUGUCCUCAAUGAUAUCCCCUUGGCCAUUUUACCAAUGGGGAAUGGAUAUAUUAGGACCAUUUCCGAUUGCCGUCGGAGAAGUAAAAUGGUUAUCAGUGGCUAUAGACUAUUUCUCCAAAUGGAUCGAAGCAGAAGCUUUAGCCACAAUAACAGCCAAUAGAAUUUGUCGAUUCUUUUAUCAAAAAAUCAUAUGUAGAUUUGGAGUCCCUCAUACCAUUAUAACUGAUAAUGGUAUGCAGUUUGCGGAUAAAAAAUUCAAUCAAAUACUUCAAUAUUUUCACAUUAAACACAGAGAUACACUUCUGUUGAACAUCCAUAAACGAACGGGUUACAAACAGAGUCUUGAAACGAGGAUUGGAAAGAAUGUUAGAAGCAGCUAA